GAGAGAGAGAGAGAGAGAGAGAGAGGUCGGCAAUGGCGAUCGUGUACGCGCUGGUGGCGCGGGGGACGGUGGUGCUGGCGGAGUUCAGCGCCGCAUCGGGCAACGCCGGCGCCAUCGCUCGCCAGAUCCUUGAGAAGAUCCCGGGAACCAACGACAGCAACGUCUCAUACUCACAGGAUCGGUAUGUGUUUCAUGUUAAGAGGACCGAUGGGAUCACCGUCCUUUGCGUCGCUGAUGAUUCCGCCGGCCGGAGAAUUCCUUUUGCCUUUCUUGAUGAUAUUCAUGGUAGAUUUGUGAAGACCUAUGGUCGUGCUUGUCACACUGCUCUUGCUUAUGCUAUGAAUGAUGAAUUCUCGAGGGUAUUGAGCCAACAAAUGGAGUACUAUUCAAGUGACCCUAAUGCUGAUAGGAUAAACCGGAUCAAAGGUGAAAUGAGUCAGGUGCGCAAUGUUAUGAUAGAAAAUAUUGACAAGGUUUUAGAAAGAGGUGAUCGGCUGGACUUGCUUGUAGAUAAAACUGCAAAUAUGCAAGGGAAUACGAUGCGUUUCAGAAGGCAAGCUCGCCGAUUUAGGAAUUCAGUGUGGUGGCGCAACGUAAAGCUCACGGUUAUCUUGGUCCUUAUCCUUUUGAUUAUUAUCUACGUCAUUGUUGCUUUCGCCUGCCAUGGAGUUACACUGCCAUCUUGUAUUGGGUAAAAAUGUUCAUAUUUUGUUUGCUGGUUAUGUUUUGUGCCCCAUCUCCGUUCCAUUAUUAUCAUCCGGUGUGCCCGAUGCAAAUAAUAGGUUUGCCAUUGUUUGCUUAUGUGAGAAUUUGCAAAGUUAUGCUGUUUGCUUCCUUUAUGACAUAAGAACAUGUUGUGAAUUGUGGUGCAGGUUCUGAUUCAUUCCCUAUAUAUAUAUUUUGUGUUCUAAAUUAUAUCUUUCUUGUUAUUUUCCUCUUUUUCUCCCCUAUUGGAAAUCUGCAGUGACAUGUGUUUGGAUUGCUGGAACAGAAAGCUUGAAUUAUUAUUA